AUGGCGACCCAAGAAAGGCCCACUCCAGGCGACGACGGGGAAGUGCAUGGUCCCGCCUUUCUUACCGGCUAUCCUCACAUCUCAUACGGCCUCUCCUUUCCAGAAACGUGCUUGAAGCACGUAACAAACACAUUCAGUGCCUCUCGAGUCUACAUCAUCGCAUCGGCUUCUCUUUCCCGCAACACCGACUAUGUCAAACGACUCCAGAAGGCUUUGAGUAACAAAGUCGUCGGGACUCGCUAUGGCAUGAAACCGCAUACUCUCUGGUCAGAGAUUCUUGAGGUCACGAAAGAAGCGAUCGACCUCAACGUCGACCUGCUCAUCACACUCGGAGCCGGAUCUCUGACUGAUGGUGCAAAGGUUAUCGCCCUCGCCAUAUCCAAUAAAGCACAAACCUUUUCUGAUCUGGAUGCUCUCCACGCCGGCGACGACUGGACCGCUCAGCGGCAUGAUCUUCGACCACCGACGAUACCGAUAAUCUCAGUCCCGACAUCCCUCUCCGGAGGCGAAUACUCCUUCCUCGGCGGCGCCACCAAUGACCAGACACAUCACAAGCAUGGCUUUGGUCAUCCAACGAAAGGUCCGGCCCUGGUGAUCCUCGAUCCGACGCUCACAGCCACUACUCCGCCUUCUGUCUGGCUGCAGUCUGGCGUGCGAGCGAUUGACCACUGCGUGGAGGGAUUGUGCUCCCUCUCUUCCACACCAGCCAGCGACGAAGCGGCGGAGAAGGGUCUCAAGCAACUUGCACCUGGCCUACUGAAGUGUCACGCUGAUCCUCAGGACGUGGAAGCUAGACUUGCGUGUCAAAUGGGAGUCAUCGAUGCGAUGGCCGUUGUGUUCCAGCAUGGCGUACCGAUGGGUGCGUCACAUGGGAUCGGACACCAACUAGGGCCCCUGGGAGUCGGCCAUGGCGAGACGAGUUGUGUACUCUUGCCGGCAGUGUGCAGGUACAAUCUGUCGGUCAAUGCUGAUAGGCAGGAGAAGGUUAAAAAAGUGCUUUGGGGAGAGAAGACUGUUGCAAAGCUGCUGAAGGCUAAAGGGUUGGUGCAGAAGGAUGAGUUGGCAGCAGUGUUGGAUGUUUUCAUCCGAGAGCUGGGAUUGCCGAGGACUUUGAAGGAUGUCAAUGUUGGGAUGGACAAGCUGGACUUGUUGGCUGAGAACUCGUUGAAGGAUCGCUGGUGCAGAACGAACCCGAGGCCGUUGAGGGAGAAGAAGCAUGUGUUGGUGAUUUUGGAAAUGGUAAAGGGUUGA